AUGCAUGCUCUAAUGUUCGCCUGCUCCAUCACGUUCUACGGGCUCGCGCUCGACACGGGCGCUGUCUCGCUGGGCGGCACCUGGACGACGUUCGUGAUCGCCUCCGUGGCGCCGCUAGCGGCGUACUUUCUGAUCGUGCGCUGCGGACGCCGAGCCGUCCUCGCCGUCACGCUGGCAGUCACUGGCGCCUGCUGCCUGCUCGCUGCCGUCUUGCACCAGGGAAGCACAGUGCACUGGCAGGCUCUGUCUUGGGCUUGGUUUUUCAUCAACGUUGCCUACUCAGUGCUGUUCAUAUACGCGACCGAGAUCUACCCGACGACUAUCCGGGCGCUCGGUUUCAACCUGGGUGCCGCCUUCGGCCGAAUCGGCACCGUCAUAGCGCCCCUUAUCCACGGCAACCUCGGGCGGACCUACGUUCUCCUGUUCGUGGUCUGCGGAGUGAGCGCAUUUCUGGUGACCAAGCUACCCGAGACCAAGGCGACACACCUGCCGGAAAAGAUCAAGCCGGAACAGAACAUAUUCGAGUGCGUUGCCUUUACAGAAUUGCGAGCAUGA